AUGCCUUCACUAGAACGUAUGGCUAUGAGAGCCAAGAAUGACCGGCAACUGGCCGCUCUUGCAAGAGUCUACUAUAUUCUUGAGAGCGAUAUCCUUACCGAGGUAGAUGAGUUUUCAUCAGAUACCAUCCUCUCUGACCGCUCAUCCAACCUGGCGGCGAUACUCUCAUCGAACCCUACAGAAGCCAUGCGGCCCCUAGCAACCUCACCAUCACAAGCGACUGUGAACACCGAAAUUGAAAGCAAUUCCGACGGUAUUUUUUGGUUACGAAGCCAUUUGAAUAAAAUCCUCUCCCUCUACACCCCUGUUCAAGCCUACGCACGACCUCAUCAACUGAAGGACUUGGUCUUUGGCCUUGCAGAAGAUCUCAGGCUGUGGUAUCAGUCCCUACCAAUGGAGAGGCAGUUCCCUCGUGACAUAAUGACUUUCACUCUUCACGGUGCUUCCUUUCAAUUAGACAAUGCUCACAGAGAUCUAGCAAUUCGCUACUUUGCCUGCGUUUUCUUCCUGCACAGGCCCGUUUUGUACUUCUUUCUCCAUAAAGACAUGGAAGAUGCCAUCCAGCCACCCCCUGCUGAAGGCGCAGCGUCUGAUCAUAGUCCGUGGGUGUGGGAGUCUUGCCGCGAUUGUAUCGAAAGUGCUGUCUUGAUUAUCCAGCUUUGUCAACGACGAGGCACGGAAAAUCCCUACGACACACUGCAGUAUUGGCCCGAGUACCAGCUCUUGUUUGCAUCGUACUUGAUCCUGCUGCAGGUGCGAACGCGGCCAUCCCUGGAGCCGUAUCUGAGGAUUCUGGGUAAUAUAGACAGGUUGCUGGACAUGGUGGAGGAGGUAUUCAGCACUCAGACCUACCAGGAACCCUUGAUCCAGAAAAGCCUGCUUCUUUUGGUAGAUGCGCGCCACAAUCUGGACAACUCGUCUCAAACAUAG